UCGUAGCAGGUAGUGUACAGUCGUUCUUAAAAUUUUGAAGUUUUGUCCUGGGGUAGAGAGAAGAGUGGCGUUCAAUUUUUUAAAAUAAGAAAAAAAUAAAAAACGAAAUGGCUAAUGUUGGAAACCAAUUGGACGUAUUCGGUCGUUCGUUCGUGUAGUGUGCAGUGAUCACGCAGUAGGCAGAUAGAGAGAGAGUGAGAGAGAGAGAAACUGAAUGGUUCAAAUGAAAAUAGAGACUUGCAUUUUCCUGACAAGAACAGAUGCUUUUACCUAGUGAUUCUCAAUUAGAUCUCGAACAGGAGGAGCAGUCGUCGAGCUGUGCGCGAUUGAGAGGAUGAGUGGGAACCCAGAGGAUGAGAAGCAUGAAGCAGGAAAGAGCUACCCCCUGGACUUGGCCCCAAAGCUGACCACCAUGAAGACAGUCGAUGGAAAAGCUAUCCUACCGGGACAGUCCUUCAGGAGUGUGAGGGUGCUCACGAAUGCAGGCAGUCAGAGCUCCUCCGCAGCAUCUACAAUCAUCAGCACUAAUAUGGUGCCACAGGCAGCUGUUAUCAAGCAGGGUCAAAACCAAUCGCAGGCGUCAGGGAAUUUAACAAUUAGCAGACAAGCAACGAGUUUACCGGUGGUUUGUCAGAGCGCCCCAGCUGGUACCACAUAUCAUGUGCCCAGAGGAGCUGCAGUUGUUGCAAAUUUGUCUGCUCCAAGAAGCAACGUUGUGGCAGCAAUCAGAGCACCGCUGGUCGUUACAGCGCAAAAUUCGGCUCAAGUAAGUAUAAAUCGAACGAAUUUUGUGCGACCCCCGAGAACCCCGAGUCCGGCCCAAGGAGGAGGAACCUGGUUGACGAACUCUUCGAAUGGAUCGCAGAUCAAAGGCACGAUCAAUUCGCCAAUCAGGGCAGCUGCUGGAAAAUCGCAAUUGGUGGCCAGACCUCAAGUUGUGUCCACCAUUCGUCCGCCGACGGCUAUUCUCCAUUCGACCAUCAUCGGUCAAGGGCAGUUGCAUACAUUCAAGACCAGCCAAGGAACGCCUGCAAUUCAAACGUUGAAUGCGGUGACCUUAGCCCAGGUCUUACCCAGCCGCACGCAGACCCUGGUCUACAGCACCGGGAAUACAACCCAUUUUGCGGCUACUCCUCGGAUAACAAUAGCCACGACGGUGACCACGCAAAGACAACAGACUACAACAGCCAAACCAAUGGUGACGGCGACGAGGUUGGCUGUCCCAGUGAAUGUGACGCAAACCACCAGCAGGUUGGUGGCACCGCAGGCCGCGAUGUUGUCGGCCGCAGGAACGAGGAUAUCGGCGGUAACAGCGACUUCGCAGCAACCGGCGACGGUACUAGGUGCUACCCCGACGAGAAUCCUUUCGACGACACCCACCAACGUCUCCCUGAACAGGCUGACCAUGGCCGUAACGAAUCCCCCGACCACCAGUAACAAUGCGGUCCUGAAUCAGAUCAGAUCGACGUUGGCGUAUCCCAUUAUCGCCGCCACUAAUAGCUCGCAGAAUCGGACGUUGCCCGCCCAAGCUAAAGUCAUCACACCCAACCAAGGUACGGCAAUACAUUUGACCCAAAUUCCGCCGACGCUGAAGUCCAACAUUAUCACGACUACGGCAAGAACAAUUAGUGCUCAGUCUGCAACAAUCGUAGCCCAGAGACCUGGAUCCGUGGUGACUUCUCACCCGAUACCCAUAGCCAAGGUGUUUCCUCAGCAAGGAGAUGGACAGCAACAACAGGUCAUGCCGCCCACCAACUUGUAUAUCCAAGGACCGGUGUCUUCCGUCCCUCGCAGAUCGUCGCCAGGUCCUACGAGUUUGAAUCAGACGAGUAGCUCAGCUCCAGCGACUACAGUUGCUACAUACUCGUUGGCUGGAGGCACGUACAUCUACGACACAUCCUCUGGCAAUUACUCCUCGGUGUCCAGGUCCUUCAAUCCUCAGCAACACACGUCCUUCGUGAUAUCGCAACCGACGAACCAGCAGCAACAGCAGCGGCAGAACCCAGUGCACGCCGAGCUUGUAACCAAUUCGAUGAGGUUCAACUCGAUCAUUCUGGAGCAGGGCAGGAGCUCCGCUUUUGCCCAAGAGAGCUCGCAGGACUUUCAGUCGCUUCAUACGCCGACGAAGGUAACUUCCUCGCCGCGGCCCAGUAUACUGAGGAAACGUGAUCACGAUGGGUCACCCAUGAAGGCGGCCAAAAAUUUGAUCUCUGCUCUUUCGAAUUUACAGCAGCAAUCACCGGUCUCGCCUCUGUCGCGGCCCGACUCGCGGAACAACGGACAUAGCUCAGGUGGUAGUACAACGAUAUCCGCAACUUCAAGUCCCGGUUUGGCGGACGGCAACGACGACAGUAUGCCGCACGUGCCUAUGAAUAAGGAUGAGGAGGAGAAUCGACCGCCGUUGGAAAUGAGUCCCAGGAAGAAACCGCGAAAGCAAAAUUUGACCGGAAAUGAUUUGGACGAGAACAAUGAUGAUAUGCAGUUCAUUUCCGAACGGGAUAUGAAGAAGCCGGAUCCCGAUGAUUCCGAUGGUAUUAUGUCCGAUGGGCCGCAGGACGGUGCUCCGGAGGCUAGAAGGGUGACGACGGUACGUAAGCCGGCUUCUGCAAGUCUUCUCAACAGCUACAAGCAGACAUGGAAGUCAACGCAUAACCACUACCUGAGACAUUCCGAUGUCCGGCCCAAGGAUGAAAGGAAACCAACGAUAAUGGAUUUGGCCAAUCAGCAUCGAGUUCUAGACAAGGUCAACGGUUGGAAGAUCCAUCAUCUGUCCACGCAAAUGGAUGAUCUGGCUCAACAGGAGCAUAUGGUUCACAACCAGUUGACGGAAUUACUGAAGUUCAGCGAGUCCCGAGAUCAAUGCAGCGAAAUCAAUUCCAUCACUGAACUGAUUAAGGGUAAUUUGCAGAGAAUCAAAAUAAUAAACGACGGCAUGAUCGACGCGAAGACUCAGAUAAUGAAAAUCUUCGAUCACAAGACUCACGUGGCGGACAUCAUAAGCCGAUGUGCCAGUAAGCGCAACUACAAGAAACGCGAAAAAUCUUAAGAAAAUGAUUAAUCUUAUCGAAGCAAAGCAGAUUUAUAUGAAUAUAUGAUGACUAUUACAUAUUAUUAUAUAUAUUAUUUACAGAUAUUUUUAAUGAUUGUUAUUUUUUUAUACGAUUCUUGUUUUAACAUUGUGUGUGUAUUUUAUCGGAGGAGGAAGAGUGGAGAUGAGAGAACAUCGUCGGAUCGUCCAAGUUUAUGGAUUUAUUGUUUUAAUUGUCAACUUAUUAUUAUGGCCGGUAUCGCGAAAAAGGUGGAAAAAUUAUAAAGUGAUUUGUACAUUGUUCUUCUAUUUGAUAUUUUUUAUUAUUAUUUUUAUGAGAAAAGGAAAUCAGACUUAAAUUAUUCUGUAUAUAGAAACGAUUUUGUAAAAUUGAAUAAAAACAAAUAUGAUAAGAGGGGAAAGGAGACCAUAAAAGAAGCAGCAGUAAAAAUUUAAUUCUUUACUCAUUUAUUUGUAUAAUUGUAUUUAUUUUCUCUACGACGAUUAUAU